UUUUAUUUUUUUACUUUCAAUCCACAAGAAAAAUGGCUUCCAGGGAGGCUGUGCGAGCUACACUGCGCAAAGUUCGACCGAUUUUGUCUGCAGACAGAGGCGAGGCGCGGAAACGUGUCCUCAACUUGUACAAGGCAUGGUACCGACAAAUGCCCUACGUAGUAAUGGACUAUGAUAUUCCUAAGUCUGUUGAGCAAUGCAGAGAAAAACUACGAGAAGAGUUUGAUAAGAAUAGACACGUUACGGACAUCAGAGUUAUCGAUUUGCUGGUUGUGAAGGGGCAAAUGGAACUAAAAGAAACGGUUGAAAUUUGGAAGCAGAAGGGUCACGUGAUGAACUACUUCAAGGACACCCAGGAACCAAAGCCGACCGACUUCCUUUCAAAGUUCCUCUCCGGACAUCAGUAAGAGUAGGACAAGAAUUUGUUUCCAAGUCAGUUACAAGGUGCAGCAAAGUAGAUGCAGGGAAUUGAAUUUCGAUUUAUUUCCACAAGGCGCGUGUGAAUCUUGUUAAAUUCACUAGAGUCUGUAAAUAUUAAAGAUAAUUAUUGUUACUA